UCGCAUCCUAGGUGCCGUCCUAUGGUCGCCAGGUCUCUACAGUGUUGAGCCCCCUCCCUCUCCUGGCCCCUGCCUGCAGUUUCCCAGGCUGCAGCACCCAGACUCCGUGAAAAGUGCAGGCCCCCUCCCCGUGCACAAUGACUGUUGCCACGGGCGACCCCUCGGACGAGGCGGCAGCGCACCCCGGGCACCCGCAGGACUACGACCCGGAGGCUGACCACGAGUGCUGCGAGAGGGUGGUCAUCAACAUCUCAGGGCUGCGCUUUGAGACACAACUUAAAACCCUGUCCCAGUUCCCAGAGACUCUGCUGGGGGACCCCAAGAAGCGGAUGCGUUACUUCGAUCCGCUGAGGAACGAGUACUUCUUUGACAGGAACAGACCCAGCUUCGACGCCAUAUUGUAUUACUACCAAUCAGGGGGCCGACUAAGAAGGCCAGUCAACGUCACGCUUGACAUAUUCUCAGAGGAGAUUCGCUUUUACGAGCUGGGUGAGGAGGCCAUUGAGAUGUUCAGAGAAGACGAGGGUUUCAUCAAGGAGGAAGAGCGACCUCUUCCCGAUAACGAGUUUCAGAGACAGGUGUGGCUGCUGUUCGAGUACCCAGAGAGCUCAGGUCCUGCUAGGAUUAUUGCCAUAAUCUCCGUCAUGGUUAUCCUGAUAUCCAUAGUCAGCUUCUGCCUGGAGACGCUGCCCAUUUUCCGCAACGACGAGGACGACAUGCACAAGUCUCACGCUAAGGUCUUUUCCCCGGAGACAAACACCACCGUCAUCAGGUACACGUCCACCUACUUCACCGACCCCUUCUUCGUCUUGGAAACUCUCUGCAUCAUAUGGUUCUCCUUCGAGUUUCUGGUGCGCUUCUUCGCCUGCCCCAGCAAAGCGGGCUUCUUUGGCAACAUAAUGAACAUCAUCGACAUCGUCGCCAUCAUCCCGUACUUCAUCACGCUGGGCACGGAGCUGGCGGACAGGCCGGAGGAUGGGCAAGCGGGUCAGCAGGCCAUGUCCUUAGCCAUUCUCAGGGUCAUUCGCUUAGUACGAGUUUUCAGAAUUUUCAAGCUCUCUCGUCACUCCAAGGGCCUUCAGAUUUUGGGUCAGACCCUGAAAGCCAGCAUGAGGGAACUUGGCCUCCUCAUUUUCUUUUUAUUCAUAGGGGUCAUCCUCUUCUCCAGCGCUGUGUACUUUGCUGAAGCGGAUGAGCCCGAAUCGCAGUUUGAAAGUAUCCCAGAUGCGUUCUGGUGGGCGGUGGUGUCCAUGACAACUGUCGGCUACGGCGAUAUGGUCCCGACUACCAUCGGUGGCAAAAUUGUGGGCUCCCUGUGUGCCAUCGCCGGCGUGCUGACCAUCGCCUUGCCUGUGCCUGUCAUUGUGUCCAACUUCAACUACUUCUACCACCGUGAGACCGAGGGCGAGGAGCAGGCGCAGUACCUGCAGGUCAACGUGCCCAAAGCCGACUCGGCCGAGGAGCUGAAGAAGAGUCGGAGCGGCUCCACCAUCAGUAAAUCAGACUACAUGGAGAUUCAAGAGGCUGUGAACAACAGCAACGAGGACUUCCAGGAGGAGAACCUCAAGACUGCCAACUGCACGCUGGCCAACACGAACUAUGUCAACAUCACCAAAAUGCUCACGGAUGUUUAGUCGUCUGCUGUUUUUCUCGCCGUCGAGGCGCGGGAACGUACGGCUGCUCACGGCGCGUGCUGGGAAACCUACGGCAAUAGAACGACGAUAGGCGGUGGAACAAGCUAUCGCCACGCCACUCCGCUCCCCUCUCCCAUCACGCCGUCGCCGUCCUCACCACUUGCCCUCAAACUCUUGUCGCUGUAGCUGUCAGAGUGAAAUUUCAAAUUUUGCAUUUCUGCAUGGAGUUGGCUUUGUGUGUGUGGCAGUCUAAGAAAAUAAUGCCUAAAGAUUUCCAGCUCACAACGGCACCCAACAGUAGUGAACAAAAAGAAAAGGGAAAAAAAACGCUGCAAGAUAAUAAUUAUGGCUUUAAAAAGGCAGAACCACACGGGCCCAGCUUUAGACCCCUCUUCUUCCCCGACACACUGCUCUGCCACACGCUUUCCCACAAGCCCUACUCAGCUACAUAUGCUGCUUCCUGGAGCCAAUGAAAACUGUCUUAUGCUACGACAUUUAGAGAUCGGAGGACGUGUGGGCGUGAAGCAAGCGCCCCCGCGGCCCAUGCGCCCCCGCGGCCCAUGCGGCCCAUGCGGCCCCCGCGGCCCAUGCGGCCCAUGCGGCCCGCGGGCGACUUGUGACGAGGUUGGUGGUUCUGUACACCGCGUAACUUCAAGGUUGAAUGACAGCCAUCGGCGCUAAGCUCGUGGUUCGACGCCUUUUCCUCCCAGUAAACAUCAGUAUCUGAUGAGUGACUGAGAAUGGCCUUGACUUUUCACUGCUUUGGUCUUACAUGUAUGUAUUGCAAUGCAAGCUUGCCCCCGUCCAUUCACCCAAGCUGGUCUUACUGCAGAGCUUUGAGGACAACUUGAAUGUUUUUUCUUUCUCGCAGGUUCACACUUUGUAUGGUACUUACUCAUGUAGAUAGGUAGGUCAGCUGGGUGUAGUCGUUAGCCAGUGGGUAGGUGCUGUUAGUAGUAGCUGUAGCCAGUAGAAUACUGCACGACCUUUUUAUCUGAAUGAGAAUUUCCACGUUUCUCAACUGCCACUUGCUUCGUCACAUCACUGUAAAGUCGUCUGUACACUGCCUUCUACUCGAUACAGAUCCAACUUCUCGACAGGAAGCCCGCGGGUAGAUGAUACACAAACCUAAGGCUGUGUGCUAGAGGAUUUCUUAAGGAAUAAUCAUAAGGUCCAAUCCUACACAUGAAGGAUAUUAACAUUCCACGUAGGACUCAUUGCCGCCUAACUUCUGCCAUGUCGCUGUGAAGUGCAGCUGCGUUAUUUCAGGUGUAAAGUCACACUCUUGCAGACUUGCAGCAGAGUCGUUUUCACAGGUGUUUCACACAGUCACGUCAUCAUAAUCUAAAUAGGACUGGUGUAUAGCAUAAAGCUUCCCCUGAACUGCCGUUUAUUUGGGUUUACGCUCUUCUUCUAUUGUUGCAUGAGCUCAAAACAUUCCUAGAAGCAUGCGUUUAAAGUCAAAGAAGCAGCCACAGAGACAAAGAAGUCUAAUUACUACAGUGGACAUUUAUAUAUAUAUAUAUAUAUAUAUGAAACUAUAUGUAUACAGACAGAACACAUAUACAGUAUACAUCUACUUUAAAGUAAAGAAAAAAACAAAACGUAACUAUCAACGGUAGAAGGUGGACGGUUUCCACAAUGUGCAGAUCAUUGCUUGGAUUUUAGUUUUGUGAUAACGGUUCUGAGCACUGUUUUUAUGUUCACGGUGCCAAAGAGAAUCUCUUACCAGCCACUUCUUUACUGGUAUGUUUUGCAGCAAACCCGACACACAUCGUAGAUUCAAACACCACACACUUGCUUCCGUUAGUGAAAAGCUGCCGCCUGUGAAGCGUCCAAAGGCAGCGCUGAUUUAAACCUAUCAUCUAUGGGAAAAUGUCUUAUUGGCGUCUCACCGGUCAAACUAUCGACGACUGUCCUCACAAUCUGCCUUUUUUAAAGUUGGCAUCAAAGGUGAAUUGAGAUUGCUUCCCACCGCUCGCUGAGCAAGGUAACAGUCAAAGGCAGCGACGCCAGGAAUAAGAAGUGAUCAUUAGCAGCCGUGUAGCAGAUAUUGGCAAACACAAGGGUCCUCUGACUCCAGUCCUGAGUCUCUUACAGAUGUCUUAGGUAAUUAGGAUGUUGAUGGAUGGAGGCGGGUUGUAGCUAGAGCUGUUUAUGCGAGUGCUGUGGUGCCAGGAUGUACAGUAUGACCUUCAUCCUGCUCAUUGCAGCCUCUAACCCGCAGUAGCAUUGUUUCCUUACGCCGACAUGCGCUCAGGAUGUCUCGUCCCACUGUGCUACACGACGCUUCCGACGUCUUCUCUCUGAUUCCAUGUUUGCUUUCGCGUAUCUCCAAUUUUUAAUAAACGAACCGAAGCGGUUACAUAUAAGUAGCAUAAAGGCGGAGUGAAACGCUAAACUGCAUAAAAACAGCAGUGGGACCAGUUGAGCAAUAUUCCUACAGUCCGUCGGAGGCAGCGGGUUUGCUUUUAACGUCCGAUACUGUAACCUUCAUGGACGUCCACAGUCCAACCAGGAUCUUAUUGAUCUUCAGUUGAGUAUUGAUUCAUGUAGGAGGUGUGUGAGUGGAAGAGAAAACUAAACAAAGCACAGAAUGUCGGCGUCUUAACCUGGUUGAACAGCUGAGUUUAUGCAACACCUAUUUGCGUACGUGGAAGAAAAAAAGCGCAUUCUGACCAAAAAUAGAUGUCUAUGCAUGCAAAUGCAUUGUAUCGUAACGAUGAUAAAUGUUACAGAUGCACAUCAACAUUUAUUUUAAGUUCACUGUAGCAGCUCAUAUACUGUGUAACUGAAAGCACAACAACCAGUAGAAUCAUUCUCGCCCACCUGCAGAUUUAAUCUGUUCAGUGUUUCAUUCUGUGAAAGUCACUUAAAAUGAUCUUGUAUUUGCUUUACAGAGAGCGACUUGCACUCUCUAAAUGUCACCUCUCACCUGCUGAGGGGACCCACCAGCAAAUCCGCUCCACGAGAAGGUGCCCAGCAAUGAGUACACUGGGAAAUCUAUGCAGAGGAUGAGGAUGAGCUGCUCCUUUUUGUAGUAAAGAAGGUUUAGGGUUGUUGGGUUUUAACCGGCACCAGUUAUCUUUAAACCCUGAGAGGGGGUGAAGCCUUUCAAACGAACCUUUGAGCGCAGGAUCGCAGUGUUUGGCUUUUCUUCAGUGUGAAUAUAGGCUCUGAGCGCGGGGUUUGUUUGAAACGCAGCAUCAGCUCUUUGAGGUACGGCUCCCACAUUCAAAAGAAACUCAUGCAUACAGGGAACGAGCUGAUCAAUAUGCAAUCUGUAUGCAUGCGUGUGUCUGAGACUGAGCCUUUGGGUUUUUUUCUUUUGGUUUUACCCCAGAGCCUGAUAGUGUGGCAUCCACUCCACGUGUACAGUUGUUCACCUCACUCCCCCUUCUCAUCAUGGAGGCCUGAAAACAUCCAUAAGUGUUGGUACAGUGGAUAAUGGAUUUUCUUUCUAUGAAAUGAAAUAAGAGAAUAAUGUAAAUAACUAAUGGAUGAUGAAUCCAUGUACUAUAUACUGUAUGUGAGGUCUGGAUUUAAAACGUAGUAUUAUCUGCACUUUAAAAGACAAAAAGGACAAUCUAUGGAAAUUAAAAAUGCAUAUAAGGUAAAUGAUCGUAACCCUGAAAAAAUAUUCAACAAUGAAGCCAAUAAUAAUCAACUAAA